AUGGCCCUACUGUGCGAAGCAGAAGUGCCGUCGAGGUCUCCGCGGCAGCUCCCGAGAGCUGCCGUCCUUGUACAUGUCUACAACCUGACCGAGGCCUUUGUGAAGGCCAACUCCUGGCUUUCCGUGGCCACACGGGGAAGCGUCGGGGCCUUCCACGUCGGCGUGGAGGUCUUCGGAGGGGAGUGGUCCUACGGACUCUACGGU